GCCGUGUCGACAAAAGUGAGAAAUUUAUAUCUACGACUGUAGAAUCUUAGUUAUAUUAAACAAAUAUGGCUGCACACACACACACAUUACACAUACUAGUUUGCUGGCGCAUGGCGGCCGGUCACAACACGACACACACAAUAGCCGAUGAGUGCAGCUAUAUAUACCCAUCUCCCCUCCCCUUGUGAAUUCCCCCCCUCUCUCUCUCUCCAAAUUAAAAUGUGCCAACAAAGCACUCCCAUGCCACCCAAGACGAAAUGCGUAUCCUCCUCACCAACGGAGCACCUCCUCCUCCUUCCCACGAAAUCAGCAGUGGAGGAACCUGCCGCAACAGUUAUGAAGGAGGCCCUCUCCCUGGGGCGCAUGGCCUUCCCCAUGAUCCUCACUGGCCUCCUCCUCUACUCCCGCUCCAUGAUCUCAAUGCUCUUCCUUGGGCGCCUGGGCGACCUGGCCCUGGCCGGCGGCUCCCUGGCCGUGGGCUUCGCUAACAUCACGGGCUACUCCAUCCUCUCCGGUCUGGCCGUGGGCAUGGAGCCCAUCUGCGGUCAGGCCUUCGGCGCCAAGAAAUACAGCCUCCUCGGCCUCACCCUCCAGCGCACCGUCCUCCUCCUCCUCCUCGCCUCCCUCCCCAUUUCCCUCCUCUGGCUCAACAUGGAGCGCAUCCUCCUCCUCUGCGGCCAACACCCCUCCAUCGCCGCCCAAGCCCAGUCCUAUCUCCUCUUCUCCUUGCCCGAUUUAUUCGCGCAGGCGCUGCUCCACCCGCUGCGGAUUUAUCUCAGAACCCAGUCCAUAACCAUGCCGCUCACCUUGUGCGCCGCCGCCUCCAUCCUCCUCCACGUCCCCAUCAACUACCUCCUCGUCUGCAAGCUCGGCCUCGGCAUCCAAGGCGUGGCGCUCAGCGCCGUCUGGACCAAUCUCAACGUCGUCGUUUCACUCAUCCUCUACGUAGUAAUCUCCGGCAGCCACCGGAAGACCUGGGGCGGCCUAUCGCGGGAAUGCCUCACCGGCUGGAAAUCACUCCUCGACUUAGCCAUUCCGAGCUGCAUUUCGGUGUGCUUGGAAUGGUGGUGGUACGAGAUCAUGAUUCUCCUAUGCGGCCUCCUCAUCAACCCCAAAGCCACCGUCGCCUCAAUGGGGAUCCUCAUCCAGACCACCGCAUUGAUCUACAUAUUCCCUUCCUCCCUCAGCUUCAGCGUCUCCACCAGAGUAGGCAACGAGAUAGGGGCCCGCAGGCCGCACCGGGCCAAAUUCGCGGCCUCCAUCGGCCUUUCCGCCAGCUUCUUGCUGGGCUUCGUGGCCCUCUUCUUCGCGGUCUCGGUCAGGAAAGUGUGGGCCCGCAUGUUCACGGACGACCAGGAGAUCAUCGCGCUCACCUCGCUGGUGCUGCCCAUAAUCGGGCUCUGCGAGCUGGGGAACUGCCCGCAGACGACGGGCUGCGGGGUGCUGAGGGGCACGGCCCGCCCCAAGGUGGGGGCCAAUAUCAACUUGGGGUGCUUCUAUCUGGUGGGGAUGCCCGUGGCCGUUGGCUUGGCCUUCUACUACAACAUGGAUUUUGAGGGCCUCUGGAUCGGGCUUUUGGCGGCCCAGGCUUCGUGUAUGCUUACCAUGAUGCUCGUGCUGCUCAGAACCGAUUGGGAAUUCGAGGCCCGAAGAGCCGACGACCUCACCGGGACCUAUCAAAUUCUUGAAUUUCAACAUAACCAAGAUUGUCUCUGUUGAUUUUUUUUUUUUUUUAAUUUUAUAUUUUACUAUUGAAAUGUAAAUGGAGGAGAAGAGGAGGGGUAGAUUAGAUAUGAGAUUUUUUAGGCAGGGGUAAGGAUGUAACUUCGCGUUGCUUCUUAGUGGGAUUCAAGGAAUUUGACAAUGUGAUUGUGAUGAUAAUUUUUUUGAAUAUCACGAGGGAAAGCACCGUAGCCUUAAUUUUUUA